CGAGAGGCUCGAGAAGGCGAGUGAUCGAGCGUAAGACGUCAGUUGUAUUAACAGCCACACAUCAUACACACAAGAAGCCGGCGGCCUCUCUCAGGGCUGCUCUCUCUCGCUCUCUCUGUUGUUGUUGCACACCGAUCCUUCUGCAGCUCGUAUAAGACGGACGGACGGACAGAGACAGGGACGAUUCGGUGGUACAAAAGCUGCAAAGUGCAAUAACUCGCAAUCCGAAGUGCGUCUAUCGCGGGGGCCCGAGGGGCGUCAAAAUUUUAUAGCUAAUAUAAAAAGCGCCGAAGUGUGUGCAGCAGCAGCCACCCGCCGCCCGCACACCGCAUUACCGAAAAACAGAGAGAGACCUGCCGCGCGAUUCUCUCCUAAAUUCGCACAGGCUCGAGGCAACGACAAAGACAACGACAAAGACGACAACGACGAGGACGAAGACAAAGACGACGACGACGAAGAAGACGAUAAAUCGUGUGCCCGUAACCCGCCCGAAAAUGGAAGGAGAGAAAAUCAAGCUUUUUAAAAACAGAUCAACACAUGGCUAUGGGACUACGAAUCCUGAUCUAAGUUGUGAAAGAGAUGAAAAAGAUAGUUCUUCAAAAAAAGUUAUAUUUUGCGUACAUGGAAAACUAUCUGGCUGCUGUACAUUUGUAAAGGGAGGAGCUGGGGAAGACAUAACAUCUAUUGACUACAGGCAAAAUUCUAUCAGCUUCGAGGACCAUUGCCACAGAGAUAGAACCGCAGAGGUCGAUAAAAAAGCCCGCAAAAAGCUAAUAAUAGCCAGUAUAUUAUGUGUUCUCUUCAUGAUCUUGGAGAUAGUGGGUGGAGUACUGUCAAACAGUUUGGCCAUCGCCACGGACGCAGCCCAUUUACUUACGGACUUUGCUUCCUUCAUGAUAUCGUUGUUCUCGAUAUGGGUGUCGAGCAGGCCCGCCACCAAAAAGAUGCCGUUCGGCUGGUACAGAGCGGAGGUUAUUGGAGCUCUAACGUCGGUGAUGAUGAUAUGGGUGGUGACCGGAGUGCUGUUCUACAUGGCAGUCAUGCGAAUUAUCAAUCAAGAUUUUGAGCUAGAGCCCGAGAUCAUGUUGAUUUCCUCAGGAGUCGGAGUGCUCGUGAAUCUCAUCAUGGGCUUCUCGCUGCACCAGCACGGCCACGGCCACAGCCACGGUCACGACCACAGCCACAGCCACAGCCACGGCCACGACAAUCACGGACACGAUCACGGCAGCAAGGACAAGAUCAGCAACGGCUCCUCGAUGCACGCCCUCGAGAACGGCACCGCAAGCGCCGGAGUGACCAACAAGCAGAGGAAGAAGAAGGAGGAGGAGAACAUCAACGUGCGCGCCGCCUUCAUCCACGUACUCGGCGACUUCAUACAGAGCGUCGGCGUCUUCAUCGCCGCCAUCGUCAUCUACUUCAAGCCGAGCUGGAGCAUCGUGGAUCCGAUCUGCACCUUCUUCUUCUCCGCCCUCGUCAUUCUGACGACAUUCGCCAUAAUCAAGGACGUGGUGAACGUACUGAUGGAGGGAACCCCCAAAGGGUUCGAUUACUCGCAAGUCGAGCAGACCUUCACGAAGAUCGACGGAGUCGUGAAGGUUCACAAUCUGCGGAUAUGGGCCUUGUCCCUCGACAAAACGGCCCUCUCGGCGCAUCUGGCUAUCAAACCGAACACGAGUCCUCAGGAGAUUUUGCGCACCGCCACGAGGAGCAUACAUGACGAGUACGAUUUCUUCGAAAUGACGCUGCAGAUAGAAGAAUUCAACGAAAAAAUGGAGACCUGCGAGCAGUGCAAACCGCUCAAAACGUAAAAUGGUCCCGUUUUUUCUUCUUCCUCUCUCUCUCUCUCUUUUUUAUAAACAACAUUGUACAAAAAAAAAAAAAAUUAAUUGUGUUACGCUAAGUUUUAAGUUUUUGAUAUUUGUAAAAUACUGCCUACAUCGAGUAUGUGUAUGAGUAUUAAUUCGAAAUAGUUUUUCACCGUAAAACUGUCAUGUGCAUCGGAUUGUCACGGUUCAGCUGUAUUAUAAUCAAAUAUAUUACUGACGGACGUUGAUAGUAGAUAAUUAAGUAGCAAAAAAACUGUUGAAUUAUAUAUUGCUUUAUAGAAAGUGUAUUUUUCAGUAUUUCGAAUUUGUGUAAGUCGAAGGUGGAUAGCUUAUGAAACGUUAUCUUCAUAGUUAAUUAACAUCGAUGGAUAAUAGAAUUUUAAAAUUUAUGUUCAAAUAAUUAUCAGAAUUUUUUUUUUUAAAUUACGUGUCGAGAAAUAGCAAUCGCGAUGAGAUAGUACUUGAAGUGUUUGUUGUUGUUAAUAUAUGUAUGUGCCGAUUUACUGUACAAUAUUGUGUAAGUGGAUAUUUCAUGUAUUCGACUCGAUGGAAAAUACGAAUUGUAAGAGUCCCUAUAUAUUAUCCAUAAAAUAGUAUCCUUCAUGUCAUGCCUUUUAUUAUCAUAGCCAUUACUAUACUAAUUGCUAGCCCUGCGAGAUACAGUUUCACGUAUCUUUGUCAAUUAUACAGUACCGUUUAAUUUCAAAAAAUAUAUUAUUUGUCAAAGCAAUAAGUAAA